AUGGGCUGCUGCCGGUGGUAUUUGGUGGUGGGUUUGGGCUUAGGCACUGCUGCAACGGGAUUGAUAUUCAUGCUGGCCUGGCCGGACAUCUUUGACAUCCUCGUGUCCGAGGAGAAGUCGCUGCUGCCGGGCUCGGCGCUCUACAAGGAAUGGCGGCGACCCACGAUGCACCCGAGCUGGCAGUUUUACCUGUACAACUGGAGUAACGCACAGGCUUUUCUGAGCCUUCCACAGGCGGCACCGACGGCUAGCUUUCAGGAGCUGGGACCGUACACGUAUGAUGAAUACACCGAGGUGGUAGACGUCAAGUUUCACCAAGGAAAUGGCACACUGUCGUACCGCAAGCGAACCGUCUUCCGGCGUAACGCCUUCGGCGCACAGCCGGAGAUGAUCACCAGCGUUAACUUUGUCGCCUUGCUGACGUCCCAUCUUGCCCGCAACGUGGACUACUCCCUGCAGCGGGAGAUGUCCUUUCUGCUGCACAACCACCAUCAGCCGGUGACGGUAACUAGACCGAUCGGGCAACUGCUGUUUACCGGCCAGCGGGAACCGAUGCUGGAGCAGAUGCGCCGGCUACUCUGCACCGGCAAGCACCACGGUGUACCGUGUCAGGACGAGCGGUUGGCGUACCUCCGUACGUUCAACGUCAGCAGACGACCGAGCGAAAUCUACAGCAUGGACGUCGGAAUGUCGGAUCGCUCGACGUACGGCGUGGUGCGCUCCGGCGGCUCGACGGCGCGUCGUGCGGCGGGUAGCGCAUUCCAGCCCUGCGACGGUUUUGAAGCGCUGACCGGCGAGCUAUUUCCGUCCCGCGUCGAGCGCGAUAAACCGAUCACGAUCGUACUGCCGGAACUGUGCCGAAGACUAACGCUGGAGUUUGACCAGGAGCUGCUACUGGGUGGUAUCAUGGGCUACCGCUACACGGCCCGCUUGGUUCGACCGUUCAGCACCCAAAUGAUGGAAGCAAACGGCAUGGCCAGUUGUCCGGAUGUGUCCAUUCGGUUGGGCAGGUACGGCAUGCUGAACUCGAACGAAUGUAACGGCCUGCCGUUGUACGAAUCGGAGCCAACGCCUUACUCAAACCAGUCCGAUGGUGAUAGACGUCAGCUGUACUACGUCCUGGAGCCUACAACAGGGACGGUGCUCGAGUCAUACAUCGGUCUCGCGUAUCACACGGUUCUUCGCCCAAACGAACAUAUCGCGCUGUUUCAGAACGUACCGGAACUUCGCGUACCGCUGUUUCGCUUCGACCGCUACUACCGACUGGGAGAGCCGAAAGCUGCCAAGCUUAGGCAGCUGCUACAUCUGCUGGAGGUUGGCCAUCAGGCAGCGCUCGCCGGAUGCACUGUUGGUAUCAGUAUAGUAUUGCUCACGGCGAUAUACGCAUGCUGGAAGUCACGCACACCCAGCAAAAAUCGCAACGACGAGUACAGCAUCAUGGGACUGCAGCUACGCAAUGGUGGACGGAAUGAUCAAUUGAUGAAAUAA